UUAACUCCAUGCACGGAGUUCGGUCAGGCGAGCCCGGUCCCAUCUGUAUAUUUCUGCGUACGGUACAGCUAGCUGAGUGAGUGUACCUAGCUUGCAUGCUGCACGCGCGCGGGGAUCGGACCGACUUAGUCUCAAUCGAGUAAGGUCUACCACAAAAAGAGACAAAAUGUCACUAGGACCUAAAACAUAUUGCUCUUCCUGUAAGACGUCGGUGACAUGUAUGUGGAGGAAAAAGAAGUCGGGCUCAGUAAUCUGUAAUGGUUGUUUUGUAAAGAAUAACAAUAGCGACGAUUCUCAGAAUAAUUCAGCAAGUAGCAAUGGAAACGGCCACGGUAAAUCGAGUGGAAAUGGAGCUGGAGGAGGAAAAAGCCAAGGAGGGAGGAAGUCGGGAAGGCCGGCCAAGAGGAUGCGUUACAAGCAGAUCGUGAAUGCGGCAAAAUCUCAGUCGACUAAAGGAAAGAAUAGGCGAAUCAUAUUUAAAAGAAAUCCUCUAAAAAGUCCAGCAACAGUGUCCACAAAUGUGACCUCAGGCAGUGUAUUCCACCAGGGUACAUACUACCAAGUUGGUGACAUUGUAUCUCUGCUGGAUGAGGAUGGAGGUAUAUUCUAUGCUCAACUGCGGGGAUUUAUGCAAGAUCAGUACUCACAGAAAAGUGCUAUUAUCACAUGGCUCCUUCCAACACAGGCGACAAAUAAGAACAAGUUUGACCCAGCCACAUACAUUUUAGGUCCAGAGGAAGAGCUCCCUCGGUCUCUUGAGUUUAUGGAAUUUGUUUGCCAUGCCCCAUCAGACUACUAUCGCCUUGUCAAGAGUCCUUACCCAGUAGUACCAAUAAAAGAAGAACCAGGAUUUGUAUGGUCAAGUGUAUUUCCAGGCAGCAAACCAACAACAGCAAAUGUAUUUGGUGAAUCAUGACAGAGAUUUUAGCUUUAGUUUUGAAUAUUGUGCAACCUCUGGAAAAAGAUUGCAAGAACUUGAUAUGAGAUCAUCAUUCCCUUUUAUGAUGUACUGUAUACGCAGUUGCAGUUGAAACUGCAGCACUAAAAUGAAUGAAUCAUGGACAUGUAUUUUAGGUGAUGUAAACCAUUUUACUGUGAACAUUUUAAAGGUAAUGUGUAUUUAUGGCACAAUAGCACAUUUCAUAAUGAGGGCUCAUUGCCCCUGUUUACAAUAACAGGUGCCCUUUUUUAAUCCAAGAUCAUUUCAAGCUGUAAGAUCCUAGAGGGCUGACAGAGAGGACUGUCUUGAAUAUUGGUAUUUUAUGGAAAGAAAGGUGGAGAGAGAGAGAAAAAAAACCAGGUUUUUACUUUUCAUGCAUUUUCUGGAGUCAGAAUGUGUCAAAAAUAUCACAAACAAUCUGAGAAAUCAUCCACAAUUCUUCAUAGAAAUUUCCUAAACUUAGUAGCAGUCAUUUGGUUGGCACAACCUAUUAGCAUCUGUGCUUGUACAGAGUGAAUAAUCACUGAAAUCAAGGUGGUUUGCAGCAGAAUUUGAUGUCUCAGGAUUAUCAGGCAUAGUAAAAUACACACAAAAAACCCUCACAUGCACUUUGAAGUAACAAGACAUGAUGAUUGAACAAAGAGUAAAUCGUCGAUCUGGCACUGCACGGUGGCUGCCAGACCCACAAUCAAUUGGGCAAAGCAGAUUUUCAGAGUAUUUCAUUUCAUGUCUAUUUUGAACAAUAAAUUAUGGAUUUUCAUUUUCAAUUGACGUUACAAAUCAUCAUUGCUAAUGGAUAGGAGUGACAUUGAUCUUAGAUUUUUGUAUCAAGUUUAAACCUCCAGCAUUUAUGGACACUGCCUUUUUCAGGAAAUCAGCUGUCAUCUUGGAUGGUAUCAUGAAAUUCAUGAUCGUGAUUCUAGGAUAAUUGGAACUGGCUGGGGAGGGGAUUCAAAGACUUAAAGGACAAGUCCACCCCAACAAAAACUUGAUUUGAAUAAAAAGAGAAAAAUUCAAGAAGCAUAACACUGAAAA